AUAAUUCGAGCGUCACUUUAUAAAAAAAUCGCUCAAAAUGAAAGUAUUAAGCGUAAUUUUACUCGUGAUUUAUUCUACAAGAUCGAACGCAGCAAACUUUAACGUGCCUAAACUGACUCCCGUCCAUGGACUUUUUGUCAAGCCAUCGGAGGACGGCAUUACAGGAGACUUGUAUGUGGCGGCGUCAGAAGACAGCGGCGUAGACUCACAAUGGCUGACAGAACAUCCCAUCAACUUUUUACCAGCUUCGACUCAAGCUCAAGCAGCUUCCGCACCAGUAACAUUCACCUCCAGUUUAACAACAAGCAGUUCACCGCACGAGAAGACGGUCACCACUAAAAAGAAAACUAUCGUUACUAGCCCACCAGUCAAGUAUGCCUAUGCGCUUCCUAUACCAAGCACGCCCGAUAUGAACGGAUUCAGUCCGUAUCCGUUUGGAUUAUAUGCCUCUCAAAAUUAUAAAGCAUCAGAAGAGUCACAAUGUCAGUUGGAAGGUUUAACGCCACCAACAAGUUUACCUGCGUAUCCUUACCCAUUCUACUACCCUCACAUGAUGGCAGCGCUAACCGGUGCUUUAAACUCUCAUAAAGAUGGAGAAAAUGAUGGCGCUUCAAGAACUGCAUUACCAGUACCACAUCAUUGGCCGAGUGCUUACGCAUAUCCUUAUCAGUAUGUUAUGCUAGAUCCUACCGCAUGGACACAGAGUCAAACCACAACAACGGGAAAAAUAACUACUGAAGAGGCAGAUGAUGACUAGAUUAUGUUUGAAUCAAUUUUCUGGAUAGU